UGGUCGCAAGUAGGAAGCUUUUUGCACUACACCGGAGAGGGGGAGCCGCGGAUCCAGCCGCGCCGCCCGCAACGCCGCCGCGCCCGCCCCAGCCCGCCCGGCCCCGCGGCGGGGCACGAUGAGCCCGAGCCCGAGCCGGCCCGCCGGGGAGUGAGCGCGGGGCGCCGAGGGCGCGUUGCGCAGCUGCUCCUGCGCACAACCCCGCCGCCGCCGCCGCUGGCCCGCACUGGCCACGGAGUGCGAGAGGCUCGUCGGCUCUCAGCGCCCGGCGCCGGCAGUGGGAGCAGGAAGCGCAGGCCACGCAGGGACCCAACUGAAACAAAGUAUCGGCCGCCCGGCGCCGGCGCCCGCCCCGACCCUGCCCCUCCCGCCCGCAACUCCGCCGCCCACCAUGGCUUCCGAGGAGCUGUAUGAGGUUGAAAGGAUUGUUGACAAAAGGAAAAACAAAAAAGGGAAGACAGAGUACCUGGUUCGGUGGAAAGGCUAUGAUAGUGAGGACGACACGUGGGAGCCGGAGCAGCACCUGGUGAACUGUGAGGAGUAUAUUCACGAUUUUAACAGGCGCCACAUCGAAAAGCAGAAAGAAAGCACGUUAACCAGAACAAACAGGACCUCUCCAAACAAUGCUAGGAAACAGAUCUCCAGAUCCACUAACAGCAACUUUUCUAAAACCUCUUCUAAGGCACUAGUGAUUGGCAAAGACCAUGAGUCUAAAAACAACCAGUUGUUUGCUGCCAGCCAGAAGUUCAGGAAAAACACAGCUCCAUCUCUCUCGAGCCGGAAAAAUAUGGACCUAGCAAAGUCAGGUAUCAAGAUACUUGUGCCUAAGAGCCCCAUUAAGAACAGGACCUCAGUGGACGGCUUUCAGAAUGAGAGCCCCGAGAAAUUGGACCCCGUCGAGCAGGGUCAAGAAGACACAGUGGCACCCGAGGUAACAGCAGAGAAACCUGUCGGAGCUCUUUUGGGCCCUGGUGCGGAGCGGGCCAGGAUGGGCAGCAGGCCCCGGAUACACCCACUAGUGCCUCAGGUGCCGGGCCCUGUAACUGCAGCCAUGGCUACCGGCUUAGCCGUGAACGGGAAAGGUACAUCUCCAUUCAUGGACGCAUUAACAGCCAAUGGAACAACCAACAUACAGACAUCUGUUACAGGAGUGACAGCCGGGAAAAGGAAAUUUAUUGACGACAGAAGAGACCAGCCUUUUGACAAGCGUUUGCGUUUCAGUGUGAGGCAAACAGAGAGUGCCUACAGAUACAGAGAUAUUGUCGUCAGGAAACAGGAUGGCUUCACCCACAUCUUGUUAUCCACAAAGUCGUCGGAGAAUAACUCUCUGAAUCCAGAGGUAAUGAAGGAAAUCCAGAGUGCUCUGACCACCGCAGCGGCUGACGACAGCAAGCUGGUUCUGCUCAGCGCAGUUGGCAGUGUUUUUUGUUGCGGUCUUGACUUUAUUUAUUUCAUACGUCGUUUAACAGAUGACAGAAAACGAGAAAGCACUAAAAUGGCGGAAGCCAUAAGAAACUUCGUGAAUACUUUCAUUCAGUUUAAGAAGCCCAUUAUUGUAGCAGUAAAUGGCCCGGCCAUUGGACUAGGAGCAUCCAUAUUGCCUCUUUGUGAUGUGGUUUGGGCUAACGAAAAGGCUUGGUUUCAAACACCCUAUACUACCUUCGGACAGAGUCCAGAUGGCUGUUCUACCGUUAUGUUUCCCAAGAUUAUGGGAGGAGCAUCUGCAAAUGAAAUGUUGCUCAGCGGGCGGAAGCUGACUGCACAGGAGGCGUGCGGCAAGGGCCUUGUCUCGCAAGUGUUCUGGCCCGGGACCUUCACCCAGGAAGUCAUGGUUCGAAUUAAGGAGCUUGCCUCAUGUAAUCCGAUUGUGCUGGAAGAAUCCAAAGCUCUUGUGCGCUGUAACAUGAAGAUGGAGCUGGAACAGGCCAAUGAGAGGGAGUGUGAAGUACUGAAGAAAAUCUGGGGCUCUGCGCAGGGGAUGGACUCCAUGUUAAAGUACUUGCAGAGGAAGAUCGAUGAGUUUUGAUCGCUGGGCUGCCUGCAGAUAACCAUGGAAUUGGCUCCAAGUUGCCCUAGUUCAUCCUCAUGGCCUGAAAUAAGUUCACCCAUCACUCAUGCUUGGAAACAGGACUGGAAGCAUCCAAGUUAUUUAUUAAUCAAGAAGUUUUUAAGUACUGUAACUUUAAAAUAAAUAACUACAAAGCUUCUUUGUCCAAAUGUCAUUGUUUUAUACUUAUAUACACACAAGUAUAAAAGUAUAACGUGAGCACUAGGCUGCUCUGGGAAGCGCUCGUUUUUGUUUUCUUUGGCUAGUACUGUGCAAAAGACAGCUGUAUUUCAUUGCUUUUGGAUGAUGGAAAAGUCUGGAGUAAUGUUUGUUUUCCUCAUUUUUUUCCUCCUAAUAUACAGAAUCAGAAUCUAAAGGGGUAUUAGCCAGCCUCACUGUCCCUGCCCAAAAUAGAGAUAAGGAAAGAUCUGAGCAGUUGCCUUUGUCUCCAAGAAGGUAAAAAUAACUCAGAUGGAAAAUUCUAAAUCAAAAGUAAAACUUUUCUUUUAGAAUACGUAUUUCUGAUGAAAAAUUCACUGACAAGCAGACCCCUAAACCAUACCUACAUAUGCCCAGGAUUCAUGCUGAGAUAUCAGUUGAUUUCCCCUUUUUAAAAUAUGUCCAGUUCUUACCCAGUUAACAUGAAGAAACCACUGUCUCUAGAAGAAAGCUUGUUUUGCAGUAUUAGCGAAUCACUGACUAGCUUAAGUAUGAAUAUCUAAGUUAUAAGUUAGGCCUAGUGGGUUAUAGUUUUUCUGACCCUUUUGAAAAAUAACUACGUAAGUGCUUCUUGUUGCUGGGUGAGAAAUACUACUUUAUAUACAGUUUUGGUUUUCUAUUUGCAGGUAUGAUUGAUGUAUUACACCAAAAUAAAGUAUUUUUAUGUUUAUAAAGUGUAAUUUUUAGGUUCACUUAGAAUAUAUUUUAUUUAAUAAGUUAAAAUUCUUUUGGCACACUAUUAAAUGCAGAAACUCCUUUCAAAGAAAAAGGAACUACCUUGUAUUUGACAUUUAAUGUUCUUGGUCUCUACUUUCAUGUCUAUACAAUAUACUGAGUACAGUAUGGUGUCCAAGAGUGCCCUGUGUGAAUAGACAUGUGCAUUCCUUUCAGGAGUGGGUACUGAUUCCAGACUACAGAUGCCUAUUAUUAGUUAGGCUUCUGAGCUUGCAAUCAUAUUGAAUGUAUGAAGAGCGAAAUAAAAUCAAAACCUUAUUUUUGUACAGUUUUGAAGUUUAUACUUAGAACUGACCACCUCCCCGGCCACGUGGAGAGCUGUACAGUGUAAAAAUGCCUUUACCUUGGAUUGAUUGGUACAGUAUUUUUGCAUCUGUGGGACCUACUUUUUUGUUCACUAGUUUGAACUAUAUAUAAACUGUACAAUCUGUAAAGUUUUUAUAGAAUAAAUAUUCAGCUGUGAAACUGGUUAAAUAAAACUAAUAAUUUCUUAACACA